AUGACAAGCACGACCCCAACCCCGAACCCCGCCUCUACGAGGAACGACGCCUUCCUCGACCAAGUAAGGGAAUUGGUCCAAAAUCUCACGAUCCCAAAGACCCAAUAUCAGGAUAUCGAUCCGACCCGAUGGGAGGAUGAGAUCACGCCCCAAGAGGAAGAUAGAAUAGCUGUUAUGACAUAUACCGCACGAUUUAUGAUCACUUCCAACAGUGGACCGAGGCAACGUGGAGAAAGAUGCCAAAGGAAUUUCGAAGGAGCUACGUUACCUUUUAAAGAGACGUGGUAUCUAUACAGGAGAAAAGGUGACCACAUCAUCCCACAGCUCGUCUUCCUACAGACGAUCGAUAACCCACCAGCCUGGCCCGACAACGAAUUCAUGGUAACCCAAUUCGAUAAAGGAACGGAGGCCUAUACAAGAAAAGAGAGACGACUAACGCAGAACCCUCCCACCUCCAACACGGCGGAGCCAUCCAUGCCGUUAGCCCCUAUUCCGACGCUCCCUGCUCCUCCCGCUACGACAAUUGCGGAACCGCCCACAACGACUGCUACGCUUCCCCAACGAACAAUACAUCCUACAAGCUAUCAGUUCCAGCAACAGAGCAUCGUUCUAGCAGAACCCUCUUCUCCCACAUCCCUCGAAGCGUACACAACGCUUCCCCCGGCCGACAUCCCGAACGGCAUCGUCGAUGCCAACACACAACAGAAAUUCACCAAGAUCUGGGACAAAGAGAAGAACUAUACGGGGGAACCCUAUGACCUUCUCGAUGAUAAGCUACGCAUCUUUAUGAGUAUCUGUUAUAACAUUCAGGCAUACGAUAGCAUCAAGCAACAUUUCGAUACGGAAGUUAACCACGUUCACUACUAUACUGAAUGGACGACUAUUUCCUUUAACAAGCUCCGUGCCGAUAAUGCUACGAAAUCCCUACACGAGACACCAUUGUCGGACGAACAACCUCCCGGUUAUCCGCAAAUGGGGACAUCCUGGUUCCUCCUACCUAAGACCAACGAGGCCGCUAUCGCAUUCCUCACGGAGAGCGAGAUCCGCACUCUUCAUCGUCGAUUCGGGCACCCAGCGGUCCCAAGACUUCACAACCUCCUACGGCAAGCUGGCCACAACGAUGUGACGAUAGAUAUCCUAGAGAACAUCUCGAGAUUCUGUCAUCACUGUCAAAUGCACUCUCAAGCUCCAAGACGCUUCAAAUUCACCCUAAAGGAUGACCAGGAAUUCAACUACGAAAUCGUCGCUGAUGUGCUCUACCUUGGAACCCCUCAACGCCCCGUCUUGCACGUGGCGUUAUACUAUCGCCCCACUGCAAAGCGAGGUCCGAGUGUGGAGAGAAAGCUCGGCUGGCAAGGCCCUUUUAAGAUUAGUGCAAUUGAUGGCUCCAAUGUCACAAUUGAUACUAUCAACGGACCCCAGACCUUCCGUUCCACCCUUGUGCAGCCUUAUUUCCGCGACGAGACGACGAUCCCUGCCCCCGCUGCUGCUGCUGCGGAUGAUUCUGACAUUCCUGUUUCUGAUCCUGCGAGCGAUUCUGUUCCUGUUUCUGCCCCUGCCCCUGCCCCUGUUCCUGCUCCUAAUCCCCCGGCGCCGCGCAAGCGAGGCCGCCCCCCUGGUUCGAAGAACAAGCCAAAGACGACGUUCCUAGUCAAGAAGGAAGAAGAUGCCUACCAACUAGCCAUCAAGCUACGGGACGAAGGCAUUAUCACAACGCCAGGCACCCUUUGA